UUAGGCGGCGCCUCUUCCCAGUUCUCCACAGUCAAACACUCCCUUCACUUCCCUUCCCUUCCUUUCAGUAGUUAUACUACUACUAUUAUCACAUUUGCAGUAAUUUUUAUAUCCUUUUUUUUCAUUCUCUGAUCUCUAAUUUUAAUAAAUAAUUUAUUUGCACUUUCCUCCUUCGCCAACUGUGUAUAUAAACCCAACACAGCUCCAAAACGAACUAGGCACAUAACUGAAUACAAUACACAUAUCAUUGAACGUUGUGGUGUAUUUGGAUUUGGAAAUGCGAAACCCAUUAUCGUCGAUGACUAUCAAGAAAAAGCAUCCCGCUAGCAAGAAGGAGCCAAACAAUAAUAUUGCCAAGGAGGUUCAUUACAGGGGUGUAAGGAAGAGGCCAUGGGGUCGUUAUGCCGCCGAGAUCCGCGAUCCUGGAAAGAAGAGUCGCGUCUGGCUCGGAACAUUCGACACAGCUGAGGAAGCCGCCAUGGCCUACGACGCCGCCGCCAGGCAGUUCCGCGGCGCCAAGGCCAAGACCAAUUUCCCUUGCGCUUCCCACCACGAAAACGACGACAUCUUCGCCGUCGCCGGCAGAAAAUGCGGCAUCGUUGAGUCUUAUCCGAUUGAUUCUGCGUCUGAGCGUGACGUGACACGGUGGACAGAAGUAGAUCGGUUUUUUCCGUUUGUUCCAUACUGUGGCGGUGAGGGCGUAGUUGCACCGGUGGGUCCGGUUUUUUUGCCUGAACCGGUUGGUAGAGUUGAGUUCGUUGGCAAGCAGAGUUGUUGUCCUUUUCGGUUCGAGCCGGUAAGGAUGGAUGGGUUUAGUGCACGAUCUGGAAGUGGGGCCCAGAGUAACUCGGAUUCAACAUUAGCCGUCGAUUGCAAACCAAAUGGAGUUCUUAAUCUUGAUCUGAACCUCGCUCUACCCAUUGGCCAUUGAUGCUUGACCUUCACCUUCGUUUUACAUCGUUUUUACCCUACUAAUAAUACAGGCUUCUUUUUCUUUUUUUAUUUUCCAAUUUCACUUUCCCUUUUAACAUCAUGUUGAGGAUAUAAGGUGCUGAUGUAGAUAUUUUCUUUCUUCUUUUAUAGUCUUAUUAUUGUUGUUAUAGUUAUAUUAAUUAAUAACAAGCUUAACAAGUUAUAUUA